AAUUGAUUUGGCAUUUGAUAUAUAAGUCAACUGAAAUUUUUUACUUAACGAAAUUAACAUUUUAAAUAUUGAAACAAAAGUCUAUUCUGUAAGGUAAAUUCUGUUAAUCCCAUAACGAAUACUACAAGGCAAGCCAUUUACCAAAAAGGUUUUUCGAUAAUUAUUACAAAUUUGAUCAAUAAAUAUGAAUUAUUCGUCAUCAAUUAAACAAAGUUUCACUUCUUUAACCAAUGACAAUGAAACGUAUGGGACACUAAUUCUUAUGGAAGCUAAGCCAGAAACAUAUUCAGGUCAAAAAAUGGAUCUAGAUUCUAGCCAAUCAGCUCACAUAGUAAUCUCACAAACAUCCGAUUUAAUUAAUCGCCAAAAAAGUCAAAGAAGAUCACUGCGAAGUUUGGUGACUAUGGGACCGAUUGGACCUAAAUAUUCAGAGCAUACACUCAAAUCAAUGGGCGAUCAGAAUGAGCUUGAACUGGAGUUAUCGAAUGCGAGUCAAGAAGAACGAACAUCUAAACCAGAAGCACAUAAAGAAAUAACCAUAGUUGAUAAAGACUUAACUAAUAACAUACAUCGACUUACCCAAUUGUUAGUAAACAAAAUGGAGCCCACGGGCGAAAAUGAUCUUCAGCUUUUGAAGCUAUUUGGAAAGGAGCGAAAAAAGUACAAGUCUUUGAUAUUGUCUUUGAACAAACAGACGGAUGAGCAUGAGGCUCGAUCGUAUUUAUCACUCAUAAAUCAUAAUUACGAUGGUAUUAUGAAAGAUCUGGAUCGAGAAAAUCGUCGUAAAAAGCUAAUGAGUGAUUCCGCCAAAUCGAGUAUGAUAUAUCGCGAUGACAACUUACAAGAUGACAAUGGUGAAUAUGAAUUAAGGAAUGAUUUGAAUGAAGAAUAUAUUGAACUAUUGCGAGCCAAGUGGUCGCUUUAUUUCGCUCAAAUGGCAAAGACUCCAAUUGAGCAGAAACUCGAGAAUCAGCGCAAACAAAAAGAAGCUGAAUUGACCGCUCUGAGGGCAGAACGCAAAAGAAUUCGCCUUGAGAAGCAACAUAAGAUGAAGCAACAUCAUCCCAGACCCAUUACACAAUUGUAUACAGCACCACGUCUCACCCAUCGUAUGCGUCAGGUGAUCGAGGAAAGGGCAAAUGCUGCCAAAGCUCGGGUACAGUCUCUCAAUUCAACAAAUGCCCAAGUGGAUGACAGUAAAACGACAUUGGUUAAAGGUGUCAUAAAAACUUCAAUACCAAUAUCUCCAUCUGAAAAUUUAUGUUUUGCUAAUAUUGUUCAUGAGAUGAUGUCUAGAAAUCGAUGCUGCGAUAAAUCUCAUUCAAAGUGAUCCAAAUGUAUAAACUAGCCAAAGGCAAACAGGAUUAUAAAGUCCAUCUUAUUCUCGCGAAAGUGUAGGCUCUGCAUAACAAAAGUGGGUGGAAAACUUUGGGCAAGCUUUUCAGUUUUAAUCUGUCUUAAACCUACACACACCCACGCACAUGCUAACAAGGAUCUAUGU